AUGUCAGUUGAUUUAAGACAAAUCUUAUCUGAUUUGGCUAAUAGUAAAAAGCUCAUUGAAGGUACUCUUUCAAAACUUAGACUUGCUUCAAAGAAUGGUGAUGCUAAAUUAUACAAACAAAAACAAACUGAACUAAAAAAUGAAAUGGAACAAUUCCAAUCAAUUCUUGAACGUGCAAGUAGUGUCUCUGAAGAUGUUAUUGAAGACUAUCCAGAACUUAAUUAUAAUGCCAAAGUUGCUCAAUACUUUUCAUUUACUUCAAAUAUCCAAAAUAAUAUUGCUCCUCCACCUCAACAACAAUCAAUUGGUAAUGCUGAAAAUGAACCAUUAAUUGGUUAUGAUGAUGAAGCUCGUUUACAAGACCAAAGUAAUUUAGUAACUGAAAUGUAUGCUGAUAAUACUCAAGAAAUUAGUGAUAUUGUAACUAAAAUGAAAGAUUUAAAUGUCGGAUUUACCAAAUUACAUUCAUUAACAGAAGUACAACAAGCUCAAAUUGAUAACAUAGAAGCAAAUGUUCUUACUACUGAUGAAAAAGUUGCUGAUGGUGUUGAUGAAAUAAGUCAAGCACAAGUUUAUCAAAAGAAAGCUAGUAAAAAAUUAUGGAUUAUCCUUUGUGUUGCAGGAGGAAUUGUUAUUGUUCUUGGAGCAAUUGUAACUCUUGUAUGCAUCCUUAAAUUCUCUGGAAAGAAAAAUGAUUAA